UACAGCCCCCACCUGCUCUUUAUAAGAGCGGGGUCUGCGCCAACCGCACCACACCACACCGCGGGGACCACGACACACGGCUAGCUUUCCGGAGCCUCUCCAUCUUGCUUCCCAUUCCGCCCUACCGGUGCGCCUCCACCUUCUCUCCGCGCCCGAGCCGGGCCAUGCAGCCGCCGGUGCUUCUCGGCCUCCUGGGAGCCGCGGUGCUGGCCGCUGUCAGUUCUAUGCCCGUGGAUAACAGGAACCACAAUGAAGAAAUGGUGACUCGCUGCAUCAUUGAGGUCCUCUCCAAUGCUCUGUUGAAGUCCAACGCUCCACCCAUCACCGCCGAGUGCCGCCAAGUCCUGAAGAAGAGUGAAAAAGAGGUCAAAGAUGAAGAAAAAAGUGAAAACGAAAACCAAAAAUUUGAAGUCAGAUUGUUAAGAGACUCAAGUGAUGCCUUCGAAGGCCACAGGCCCUCAAGCAGGGAGGAAGUGGGAAGCCCAGGGGAAGAAGGCUCCCAAGAGCCUGCAAAGGAAGGCCAAGAGAAAUGGGCCCAGGGAGGUGGACACAGCAGAGAAGAAGUGAGCGAGCCCCAAGGGAGUCUCUAUCCCGCUGCCAGUCAAGUCUCCAUAGAACCAAAGGCACACCAUUACAGGGAGAGCGAGCACGAUGGUAGGGAGGAAGAAGAAAGAGGAAAAGAUCAGAGAGGGGAGCUCGGGGGAGAGGCCAAGGCCAAGGAGAAACACCUUGAGGAGUCAGGCAAGACACAGAACGCCCUUCUCACCAAGAGAAACCCCGCGACGGUCAACAACAAAGAGGAGCUAACAGUCGCCCUUGACAAGCAGCCUGCAAGGCCAUCCGAGGAAGAGACCCACAGCCGGGAGGAGACCCACAGCCGAGAGCAGAGCAGUCCAGAGAGUGGAGAGGAGGUGGGAAGGGGCCAGGAGAAAGACCCCCACGAGGCGAAGAGCCCACCUGGGCGCCAGGAAGAAUCCGAGGAAGGCGAGGAAGACGCCGCCUUUGAGGAACCCGAACGACGCUGGAGGCCGAAGCACCACCCUCCCUCGGAGGGCUCGCAGCACCCACACGUGCACCUGGCACGGUUGGGGGAAAAGAGGGACCGCCAUUCCACCCGUUCCAGGGCGUCAGAAGAAGAACCCGAGUACAGGGAAGAAGUGGGGACUGGCCCUCGUGCCUGGGUUCCGGAGGACCUGGAAGGGGCAACGUUCGGGGGCAGAGGCAGCGAGGAGGAGCUGGCACCCAGGCCUCACGGGGAGGAGAGCCAGGAGGAGGACCAGAGAGCUCGGCUGGACGCCCAGCUGGACAACGGGCCCCGCAGAGGGAGGGAUGGAAGGGAAGAAGCAGGAGGCUAUGAAGCGGGAAAGAGGGCCCAUCACAGAGGCGGGGGCAGGGAGCCAAGUGCCUAUUCGGUUGUGGACACCAGAGAAGAGGCAAGGUCCUUGGGAGAAGGAUCCCGCCGCCGGGGGCAGGAAAGCCAGCUGCAGCCAGCAGGGAGACAUCCGCAGGGUGAAUGGAAUGAGCAGGGCCUGCCCGACUUCAGCUACGGUGAAGCAGGCCUCCCAGGCCAGUGGCAGCACCAGGAGGACCCGCAAGCCCCCAAAGAGAGCGGAGAAGAAGUCAGGCUUCCAGAUAAGCAAUCUGCACCCCACCAUGCUGCCGAAAAGAGGAAGCGACUGGGGGAGCUGUCCAAUCCCUACUACGACCCCACUCAGUGGAAGAGCAGCCGCUUUGAGAGAAAGGACAACACGGAUGACAAUUUUCUUGAGGGAGAAGAGGAAAACGGGCUGGCUUUGAACGAGAAAAAUGUCUUCCCAGAGUACAGCUAUGAUUGGUGGGAGAAAAAACCCUUUGCGGAGGAUGUGAACUGGGGAUACGAGAAGCGAAGGUUCCCCCGGCCUCCCAAGCCGGAUCUGAAAAGGCAGUAUGACAGAGUGGCUGAGCUGGACCAGCUUCUGCACUACAGGAAGAAGGCAGCCGAAUAUCCGGACUUCUACGAUUCCGAGGAGCCGCUGGGCACGCUGGAAGUGACAGAGAAUGAAAAGGACAACCGGAGAGUUCUGACCGAGGAAGAGGAAAGAGAACUGGAAAACUUGGCUGCAAUGGAUUUGGAACUGCAGAAAAUAGCUGAGAAGUUUAGUGGGAACCGAAGGGGCUGACGGUCGCUGGAGCAGAGGACAUUCUACGAAGAAGCCCUCACAUUAUUUUCUCCCACUUUACUGAAAGGACCCACUUCUUUACCCAGAGGCAGAGUCAAAUAUGCUAUUCAUGGCACAUUUGACACAACUGAAAAUGUCGUUAAUUUCUGCCAGAAUGCUGUUGAAAUGACUAGCAUGACUUGUAGCACAUACCUUCUUGCAAAGUAGACACAUUAACAUGCUUGUGACCAUGACUGUAAUACUGUCCUUGAGGGAACAAAAAUCCUCUCCGUUUAAAAUGAAAUAAAACAAAAAGAUUCACCCGCA